CUAAAAAAAUAUUGCAGUCUAGUAUGAGGGGCUUGAUGAACCCUUGUGUUGAAGGCAUGCGAUGUAUUUUUUUAGGGUCAAAAUGCACACGGGUUUUGGUGUUCACACAUGGAGCUCGUAUUGCCAAGUCACGUGCUCUAUGCCCUUAGGGACAGAUGUAAAAGGAAAGUUGGAUUCUUCAGGUGAUUUUGAAAUCAGCACAAAAACACUGCAGGAUCGGAGCUUAAAAAUCAAGCCUUAGGAUGUUCCCUCAAACACGUUGGCCUGAUUUGUCAUCAACUUACCUUUAAGGGAUUUUUUUGUUUGUUUCCAUAAAGCAGAUGAGCCUUUAUAAUACAGUUACGGGGGCAUUAAGACUUUAUUACUGUGUGUCGGUAGUUGGUAUCAGAAAAGUCUAUUCCAGAGGUCCUCAAACUUUUUAAACAGGGGGCCAGUUCACUGUCCCUCAGACAUUCCACACAUGCACACUGCGGGCCCGGGACGAGUCGGCUGCUAAGCAGGACAGGCAGCGGCAGCAAAAACACCCGGCGGGCGGGAUAAAUGUUUUUAGCGGGCCGCACGUGGCCCGCGGGCCGUAGUUUGAGGACCCCUGGUCUAUUCCAUUUCAUCUGAGUUGAAGAAAAAGGGAUAGUGGAACUAAGUAAAAGGAAGGAAACUGUUCAGCAACCACCUGUUGGCAUAUGUGUUGCCACCAUGAUCUGCCUCUUCCCACGAGUGUGGCUUCGGGGCCAUCACCGGCCAGUGAUGGUCAGAGCUUCCCUGAACAUUCUUUCUGCCCUCAGCCCCAGGCCCCGAUCUCUGCUGACUGCCUCACCCUCCAGACCACCUCCUCCUCUCCACCAUCAGCCACAAAUGUGGGCUUCCCCACGACUCGGCGGCUCGGAGUCCUCAUUCACGGUGUUGCCUUCAGCUGUCAGCCACUUUGCUGUUUUGUGGUUCACAAGAGGUGCCAUGAAUUCGUUACUUUUUCUUGUCCGGGUGCGGACAAGGGACCCGACACCGAUGACCCCCGGAGCAAGCACAAGUUCAAAAUCCACACCUAUGGAAGCCCCACCUUCUGUGACCACUGCGGGUCGCUGCUGUACGGGCUCAUCCACCAGGGGAUGAAAUGCGACACCUGCGAUAUGAACGUGCACAAGCAGUGUGUGAUCAACGUGCCCAGCCUCUGUGGGAUGGACCACACAGAGAAGAGGGGCCGGAUCUACCUGAAGGCGGAGGUCACCGACGAAAAGCUCCACGUCACAGUACAAGAUGCGAAAAAUCUAAUCCCCAUGGAUCCAAAUGGACUUUCAGACCCGUACGUGAAGCUCAAGCUCAUUCCUGAUCCCAAGAAUGAAAGCAAACAGAAAACCAAAACCAUCCGCUCCACACUAAACCCCCAGUGGAACGAGUCCUUCACGUUCAAAUUGAAACCUUCAGAUAAAGACCGGCGGCUGUCCAUAGAAAUCUGGGACUGGGACCGGACGACAAGGAACGACUUCAUGGGGUCGCUUUCCUUCGGCGUUUCGGAGCUGAUGAAGAUGCCGGCCAGUGGAUGGUACAAGCUGCUGAACCAGGAAGAAGGGGAGUACUACAACGUGCCCAUUCCAGAAGGGGACGAGGAGGGGAACGCGGAGCUCAGGCAGAAGUUCGAGAAAGCCAAGCUUGGCCCUGCUGGGAACAGAGCGUACGGCCCCUCACCAGACAGGAGGCUUUCCAACAACCUGGACCGCGUGAAGCUCACCGACUUCAAUUUCCUCAUGGUGCUGGGGAAGGGGAGUUUUGGAAAGGUGAUGCUGGCGGACAGGAAGGGCACCGAAGAGCUCUACGCCAUCAAAAUCCUGAAGAAGGACGUGGUGAUCCAGGACGACGACGUGGAGUGCACCAUGGUGGAGAAGCGCGUGCUGGCCCUGCUGGACAAGCCCCCGUUCCUGACGCAGCUGCACUCCUGCUUCCAGACCGUGGAUCGGCUGUACUUCGUCAUGGAAUACGUCAACGGCGGGGACCUCAUGUACCACAUCCAGCAAGUAGGAAAAUUUAAGGAGCCACAAGCAGUAUUCUAUGCAGCAGAGAUUUCCAUUGGACUGUUCUUCCUUCAUAAACGAGGAAUCAUUUAUAGGGACCUGAAGUUAGACAACGUCAUGCUGGACUCGGAGGGGCACAUCAAGAUCGCCGACUUCGGGAUGUGCAAGGAGCACAUGAUGGACGGCGUCACGACCAGAACCUUCUGUGGGACUCCAGAUUACAUCGCCCCGGAGAUAAUCGCUUAUCAGCCGUACGGGAAGUCCGUGGACUGGUGGGCCUAUGGCGUCCUGUUAUAUGAAAUGCUGGCUGGGCAGCCUCCGUUCGACGGCGAGGACGAGGACGAGCUCUUUCAGUCUAUCAUGGAGCACAACGUUUCUUACCCCAAAUCCUUGUCCAAGGAGGCCGUCUCCAUCUGCAAGGGACUGAUGACCAAGCACCCGGGCAAGCGGCUGGGCUGCGGGCCUGAGGGCGAGCGGGACGUGCGAGAACACGCCUUCUUCCGGAGGAUCGACUGGGAGAAGCUGGAGAACAGGGAGAUCCAGCCGCCCUUCAAGCCCAAAGUGUGUGGCAAAGGCGCAGAAAACUUCGACAAGUUCUUCACACGCGGGCAGCCCGUCCUAACGCCUCCCGACCAGCUGGUCAUCGCUAACAUCGACCAGGCUGAUUUCGAAGGGUUCUCGUAUGUCAACCCCCAGUUUGUGCACCCCAUCUUACAGAGCCCAGUAUGAAGCUCACCCACGGAACACACGCCUCCCCUGCCCCCGCCCCCCCACGCCCCUCCCGCAGUGGGACCUGAUCCUUCACCUGACACUUUAUGGCCGCGGCCUGGUUUCUCGUUCCAGACGGAGGCCAGAAAGAUCGUACGGUUGUUAGUCCAAACGUGACCUCCCGUGCAGGGCCUUUCUCUUACAACCAAGAACCUUAUCUUAGCGGAAGAGAACACAGAGCUCAGUGUCCGGUUUCGUCAUGUGGAGGCUGCCUCCGGCGUAGGGCAGCCCUUCCUGGAAAGCAAACAGACUCUUGCCCCUUUUUGGUACGAUUUGAUACGUUUUCCCCGUCCUGUCUGUCGGUUCUCACCAUCAGAAUCCUGCCCCCACCCCAACCAGAGCUGUGGGCUGGACACGGCCCCACCCAGGCGCCUUGGGAAGGAGACGGGGACCCAGAGAGCAGAGAGCGAGCCGGGCGGGUGGGGGCGGGCCGGCGCGGAGCACCUGCCCUUGGUUCUCCAUGGAAAGAGUCGCCCGUUGCCAGCUCACUGUUCCCAGACGUUGACAGUCAUAACCCCAUCACGGCCCGGCAGUGACCGGAUCUUUUAAGGAAAGAGAGCAAGGAAGCCUCGGGUGGGUGUCCGUGGGUCUGUCGUCUCGUCCCCACGCGGUCGCUCCCCGUCGUGAUGCCUGCAUUUCUUUGUAAGAGGCCAAACCUUCUAAGGACUUUGCACAGGACGUCACUCCCCAUCCAGGACACGCCGGUGCGUGUGCGUGUGCGUGUGCGCGUCCGUGUUAACCUCUGGGAGGUUACGCUGCGAUCUGAUCGGGGUGCCAUCCGCAACACCAACCACGCACCAGUGUUGUUAGCCAACCCUCCUCCCCCCCACCCCCACGCACACCCAUGUUUUGCCGCCUGCUUCCUAGGGAGCGAAGUGUACGCCCCGCCCCUUUUGUAUUUAUUUAUUGACUAGGCUGCGGUGUCGUGUAGGGGAGUACGAUGUACAGUAACUUAAAGUGUUGACUUGAGACCCGGUCCCUCCCGUCUCUGGCCCUGACAUCCCCUGAGGGAUGAAAAACAAUCCGGCUUCGGCCCCCACAUCCGGCUAGUGCCGAAUGACCCACCUGAGGCUGUAGAAUCAGGAGACCUGGCCGCGCAUCCGCUCGGAGAUGCUGUCUUGCGAGAAGGGUUUUCCUGUGUUUUGCAGAUGCAUCAUGCAAUGAAGUCUGCAUGUGUCUGAUAAACCUUCAUCACAAGCGAAUCUAUACACUGAUACAAGCGUAUCAAGCAUAAGGAGAGUAUUACCCUAAUUUCAUAAGAGAAAAUUGUGCUAUACUCGUGAAGGCUCUUGUUUCUAACCUGCUUCUGUGAUUAAGUUUUAGUAAAUUCGUUGCUGCCCUGCUUCCUCUCCCCUCCCCGACCCCGUGUGCCCCCUGCGCAUUGCCUCUGUAUUGGACAUACUGAUUUUUUAACAUAGAUCUAAUUUCAGAAAUGAAUGGCUACUUUACCUGAUUAA